AACGCGUUUUUUCAUUGGCUGCAACAAAUGGUCCCAAUGCUGUGGAAGUUUUCAAGACCACGAUCAUAUCAUAUCAUUUAAACAAAGUUUUAUCUCCCAGAAUAAACAUGAACUUUAAAGAAGCGUGUGCGAAAUUCUUGGACCAGAACAGGAAAAUCGCGCUUUUAGCCGCAGGCACAUCUGUUGCUUUACUUGGACUCGCGAUUGGGUAUAAAUACACGCGUAAAGAGAAAAAAUUAAUACAAGUUGGAGUUAUUUCUCAGCUAUUGGUUCAUCCGAUGAAAUCUGGGAAAGCUUUGUCGGUGGACACAGCUGAAUGUCUGCGAAUGGGACUGAAAUAUGGCGAACUGCGGGAUCGCCACUGGCUGAUUAUAACGGAGGAUGGACACAUGGUGUCAGCCAGACAACAGCCUCGAGUGGUGCUGGUAUCUUUGACCUGUAAAGGUGGGCAAAUGUGUCUCAAUGGACCUCAGAUGGAGGAGUUGAAAGUUCCUCUUCAGCAGCCAAAUAAUAAAGUUUUGGACUGCAGAGUGUUUAGUGUGGACGUCCAGGGGAGAGACUGUGGGGAUGAAGUGUCUGAAUGGCUAACCCGAUACCUGGCAUCAGACAAGACUUUUCGACUGGUUCAUUUUGAACCCCAUCUAAAAGCUCAGAGGCCUUCAGAGAAAGAGCCUCUUUUUCCUAAGGAUGAAAAGGUGGCUUAUCCUGAUGCUGCUCCUAUCAUGCUGAUGUCCGAGGCUUCGGUUAGGGACCUAAAUAGCAGGUUGGAUCGUGAUGUUACUGUCGCUCAAUUUCGUCCCAGCAUUGUGGUCAGUGACUGUGAGGCGUUUACUGAGGACACAUGGGAUCAUAUUCAGAUCGGCCAGGUAGAGAUGAAGAGAGUCAUUGGCUGUGGAAGAUGCAUUUUAACCACUGUUGACCCAGAGACCGGAGUCAUCACUCGCAAAGAGCCCCUAAACACACUGAAAACCUAUCGACUGACUGAUCCUACACAGAAAACUUCACCAAUACUGGGACAGUAUUACACAGUCAAGAAAACUGGUGUUCUUCAUGUUGGUCAGCCAGUUUUUUGGAUUACCUAUUGAAACCAGGAUUGAAUGCGGAACCACAUACCUGUAAUAAAAGCUGGUGAAUAAUUU